AUGGAAGAGCGGCGAACAGAUUUCCCUCCCGAAGAUGUCAUUAAUCUCGUCUACUACCAUGGACUUCUGCCCCGUGAAGACAUUGCCACCCUGCUCGUGAAAGAUGGGCAAUUCCUGGUGCGGAUCUCAGAGCCCGAGGAGAAGCAAGAAAAGGAAAUCAUCAUCUCCUUCUACCAGAAUGAUGGUGGCGGCCCGGUGGUGCGCCCGAGGCGGAAUAGAAGUCAGCGGGACAGUGGUCGAGGGACUACGGCUAAAUCGGUGAACAUGAGCGGCAAGCGCGGGCUGACCAAGGAGAAGGCCGACAAGCCGAAGGGACCCAUCAAGCACAUGAUCGUCCAUCUGGUCGAAGAGCAGUAUUCCGUUGACCAGAAAAAGUGUUUUCGCAACCUCACCGACCUCAUCAACUACUACAGCACCAGUGAUCCGGCCGCCGGCGAGAGCCGCGCUGACGCCAAGCAAAAAUGCCGUCUCGAGGAGCCGAUACCGCGUCAGAUCUGGGAGUACGAGCACAAGGACGUGAAGCUGGAGAAAAAGCUGGGCAAUGGAGAAUUUGGCGAGGUUUGGAAAGGCCAACUGAACCGGAAAGGGCCUCAGCCGAAGCAGGUCGAUGUUGCAAUUAAACUGGCCAAAGGCGAGGUGGCGGCCGCCAAGAAGAAGCGCAAGGAGAUCAUGCAGGAAAGCCGUGUCAUGCGUGACCUUAUUCAUCCGAAUGUGGUCCGUGCUUAUGGCGUAGCUGUCCUCGAAAAUCCCAUGUACAUUCUACUGGAGCUGAUCCAAGGCGGCGAUCUGCUCAAAUUCCUCAAGUCCGAGGCGAAGCCGACGCGCCGUGAGCUCAAGCGCAUCAUGUUCCAGUGUGCGUGUGGCCUCGAGUUUAUCCACCAGAAGGAGGUCAUCCACCGCGAUCUGGCGGCCCGGAAUUGUCUGUACGAUGGCGAGCGGCUGCGCAUCAGCGACUUUGGGCUGUCGGUGCGUGGGCCCGUGUUCUUGCUGCCGAAAAAUGCGAACCAGCGCCUGCCGAUUCGCUGGCUCGCCCCGGAGAUUUUGACGCUCGGCACGUUCACCUACAAGACGGACGUCUGGGCGUUUGGCUGUCUGGUGGUCGAGAUAUACUCGAACGGCGAGCUCCCGCAUGCCGGAAAGACGAACGGUGAAGUGAAGGAGGGCUUGGUGCAACGCCAUACUGCGCCCAAGAUGCCGCCCGGGAUCCCGCAGGACAUGGUCAACUUUUGCAACGACUACAUCUGGGUUCGCGAGAAGCAGCGCACCGACAUGCUCAAAGUGGUCAACCUGCUCGGCGCCAUCGGCCACUUCCAGCGGCCCGUCAUCGGCGGUGAUGAGGAGCCUGGAGCCACCAACAUCCACGAUGGUCCAAGCGUGGCCGAGACGUCUGGCACCCAGGACGGAGGAGGAAAUGCUGCCGACGGCGAAGAGAAGAAGCCGCUACCUGCU